AUGGUCGCCCGGCCACCGGCCGGUCCAGCCCUCCCCUCCCCGCCUCGUCAGGGCAGCACGGCCGCCCCGCGGUGCCGGGGAGGGGAGCUGGGCCGGCCGGCCGGCUGGCUCCGCGAGGCCGUGCGCGGAGGAGGGGCUGGCUCGCGAAGCCGCGAGGGGCAGGAGGGGCGCGCGGGCCGAGGCCGGGCUGGGGCCGCGGCUCCACAGUGCUGUGAGCGGCCGGGAGGAUUUACCGCCGCCGCCACCGCUGCAGCUCCUCCAGCCCGCCCGGGACGCUGCCGCCUCCUUCCCACAAUGCACCCUGGCGCUCGAGGGUGCCCUCUCUUCCCUCAGCCCUCCUCCCCCGCCCUCCUCGCCGGCGACCUUUCCCGCGGACGGGCAUGCGCACCCGAGCGCCUUAAUGCCAAAAUCAGUGAUCGCUAUUUAGAGCAAAGGAUUAGUAUCAAGUUUUGUGUAAAGUUAAACAAGUCUGCAAGGGAAACCCACCAUCUUUUGAAAGAAGCCUACGGUGAUGAAGUAGUGUGGAGGGCUCGAAUUUUUGACAGGCGCAAAAAAUUUAAAAUAGGGUGGGAAGAUGUCGGAGAUAAUGCAAGAAGUGGUCGUUCAGUCACCCAUGGGACGGGUGAAAAUAUCCAGAAGGUCAAGGACGUGGUUUGUCCAAACAGGCAGUUAACAGUGAGAAUGCUUGCCGAAGAAUUAAAUUUAGGUAAAGAAACUGUUUAAGAAAAUCUGAACAUGAGAAAAAUGUCUUCCAAGUUUAUAGUGAGAAUUUUAAAGGAUGAGCCCAACUUGAGGCUCCCAUCUGAGCAUUCAAAGGAAAUGAGGAAAGCUAGCUUAUAUGUGAGGGGAAAAAUAUCAAAUUCUGAAACCUGGAGUCCUUUGCAGCUGAAAACUGGUGGGAAAGUGUCUCUGCGGGUUAAUCCCAGAAUCCACCCCACUGCCAGCCAGCCCUGCCGGGGUGAAAUGAGCCUGAGUUAGCCAGAGCCUGACCAGGAAGCAGUCUGCUUCUUGUCUAUUUUCUGUCUUAUGCUCCUCCUUCGCACUUAGCAGGGUCCACCUACAAUUCUGACUUCUGGGGUCCUCUUUCUUGCUGUUCCCCACCUCUUGGAGGACUUGUGGCUGUUGACUUCUGGUUCUAGCCUGUUCUUGACUUUAGCAAGUUUUGGCUCUCUUCAGUGCCUGCACCUCAGCUUAUGGCUGUCCUGCACAUCAUGCUGUCCCAGGGGAUCCUGCCUGUGAGAAACUGGGGUAGGAGUCUAUUUCUGUGCCCAGGGAGACAUAUUCUUCUGAGAAGACCCCAAAAAAGGUCCUGCAGCUUCAGCCUGCUUCACAGUCAGGGCCUGAGAGGUAUAGUCCGAAGGCAGCAGCAUGCUGAUUUACUGAUGUGACCUAUCCCAAAUGGCUCAGGGAUGGCUUCCAAGACUUACCUCACAGAGCUCCCUUCUCCCAGCAAGAGAGCUAGGUAUGUUUCAUUCUCCUGUGCUUUGGACCACUAUUCUUUUGGGUGUUCCUUCUGCUAGACUAGAAGGUUUUGGCCUUAGAACGUUUAAGCCAUGAUGCCCGAGUGAAGACCAUGUUGUCACGUGAAGAGGUCAGGUGAUUCCUCGGGUCUGGGACACAGUGCCCAGCUGAGGUCAGGUGUGUUUUGAGCAUCAACGAUGUGAGGCUCUGAAGUGAGAUCACUGAGGUAGAUGGGGUCAUGGAGGAGGUGCUUUCUUAACUAAUCCAUGAAGAAGGGUGAGGCAAAGGGCUGUGAGAUGAGAGAAGGACACCCAGAAGGUGGGACAGCAUGAGGCUGGGAACCUGUGUAUAAAGAGAAUGGUGACACAGCUAAAAUAGCAAAGCCGAAGGGUGAGUGUUAGGAUGUGAGGGUGACCUGGGCGGGGGACAAACGUGCCAGGCAGACAGAGCUUAAGUGAGUUUUACUAGAAAGGG